CCCCACGUGCCGGCCAGAGUGACACCAACAUGGCCGCUGCCUGAGCGCCGCCCGCCCGCCGCGCACCGCCACCGGGGAGCCGGCGGCCGCGCUGCCCGCGCUGGCACUCCGCUAGGUUGUGCCAAGGAAUAAGCCAAGAAAAAGGUUUCUGUAGCCUAGCAUGGCAAAUGAAGAAGAUGAUCCAAUUUUACAAGAGAUUGAUGUGUUCCUGGCCAGAAGUCUACUGGAGAAGCUGUAUCUGUUUCAGUAUCCCAUCCGUCCAGCUUCCAUGACGUAUGAUGAUGUUACACAUUUAUCAGCGAAGAUAAAACCAAAGCAGCAAAAGGUUGAACUUGAAAUGGCCAUUGACACUCUGAACCCCAACUACUGUCGCAGCAAGGGAGAGCAGAUUGCUCUCAACGUCGAUGGCACGUGUACAGACGAAACAAGUACCUAUUCCUCGAAGCUGAUGGACAAGCAAACUUUCUGCUCUUCACAAGCCGCGAGUAACGUCUCCCGCUAUGCAGCUGCUGUAUAUAAAAAAGGUGAACUUCACCUGACUCCACUACAUGGAAUUCUUCAGCUGAGACCAAGCUUCACCUACUUGGACAAGGCUGAUGCAAAACACCGAGAAAGAGAAGCUGCUAAUGAAGGUGGUGAUUCAUCCCAGGAUGAAGCUGAAGAUGAUGUUAAGCAGAUUACUGUCCGAUUCUCCCGCCCUGAGACCGAACAAGCUCGUCAACGACGCGUUCAAUCCUAUGAGUUUCUACAGAAGAGACAAGCAGAGGAGCACUGGGUUCAUCUUCAUUAUUAUGGCUUGAAGGACAGCCGUUCUGAACACGAGCGCCAGUAUUUAUUUAGUCAAGGUCAUGGCCUUGCUGAAAACACAGAAUUAAUUAAAUCUCCCAGUGAAUAUUUAAUGAUGCUGAUGCCUCCAAGCAUAGAGGAAGAGAAUGACAAACCAGUGGCUCCAAGCAACGUGCUUUCUAUGGCCCAGCUGAGAACUUUGCCCCUUGCUGAUCAGAUUAAGAUCUUGAUGAAGAAUGUGAAGGUGAUGCCGUUUGCAAAUCUGAUGAGUUUGCUAGGCUCUGGGACAGACUCCACAGCAGUUCUCCGCUGUAUACAGCAGGUGGCAAUGCUGGUCCAGGGAAACUGGGUGGUGAAGAGUGAUGUACUGUACCCAAAAGAUAGUUCUAGUCCGCAUAGUGGAGUCCCCGCAGAAGUGCUCUGUAGAGGAAGAGACUUUGUUAUGUGGAAGUUUACACAGGACCGUUGGGUUGUGAGAAAGGAAGUGGCAGCGGUCACAAAACUUUGUCCAGAAGAUGUGAAAGACUUCCUAGAGCAUAUGUCUGUGGCAAGAAUAAACAAAGGUUGGGAGUUCAUGCUCCCUUAUGAUGAAGACUUCGUUAAGAAGCAUCCAGAUAUAGUUCAGAGGCAACAUAUGCUGUGGAUGGGCAUUCAGGCCAAAUUAGAAAAGGUCUAUAGUCUCUUAAAGGAUCACUUGACACCAAAGAAACAGGAGGCACAAUCAGCUCAUCCCUUGGUGGUUUCUGGGGAGCAAAGGGUCAACAUGGCUAAAGCAAAAGUCAAGCAGAACUAUGGGCAGCUGGAAAAGGAGAUCCAGAAGCAAAAGGCAGAGAUGAAAUCGAGUGACUCCUCAGCCAAGAUGGAUGUGUCCAAUAUCCGCAUUAAAGAGGAGCCCGUGAGCGACGAGGAGCCGAUGGAUGCCUCGGCCUAUGAGGGCAUGAACAACGGCGUUGUCAACGGCCUCCACACGGAGGAGGACUCCACGGACUCUCUGAAUGGCCACUUGCCUGGAGGCUGCAUUGACAGGGUUGCCCAGGAACUGAAGGCCUUUGUGUCCUCAACCUUUAAGAAACAAUUUGUUCUCACCCUGAGUGAGCUUAAACGGUUAUUUAACCUUCACCUAGCCAGUCUGCCUCCAGGACAUACUCUGUUCAGUGGCAUUUCAGACAAAAUGUUACAGGACAUGGUGCUGGAUACUGGCUGCAAACAGAUUUUGGUGCCUUUUCCUCCACAGACUGCUGCUUCACCAGAUGAACUAAAGGUCUAUGCACUUUGGGAAGCUGGUGACACUUAUGAUCAGCAUCGCCAAGUUUUGCUGGAAAUCUUCUCAAAGAACUACCGAGUGCGUAGGAACGUCAUCCAGAGCCAGCUGAGCCAGGAGUGUGGAGAGGAUCUCAACAAGCAGGAGGUGGAUAGAGUGCUAAAGGACUGCUGUGUGAGCUAUGGGGGAAUGUGGUAUCUUAAGGGGACAGUGCAGUCAUGACAGCAGUGGUAGCGGUUUCAAGCGAUCUCCAGGAUGAAAGAGGAAACCUGCAGCAGGCGGCACAGACCAAGUAAUGCCGUGGCCUCGGGAGUGUGGGGCAGGAUCUGACCUACUUUGGGGCACGUGGGCAUUGCAGACACUCUCUGCCAUCCCAGCACACUCACACGUGUUUGCAUGGCUGCCUAGGUGCAAGAGCAACUAGGAAGACAAGAUGGGACCCUGUCUGCAGCUUGAUUAAUCUGGGAUCUCUGAUGUAUUCCAAUUCUGUUUUGUUAUGAAACAAUAAAACCAUAUACUGACACAGACAUGAUGGAAAAUCAUGGUCUAAUACUUUAUUUUGUAAGUAAUGCCAAUAAGUUAAAUGUUUACAAACAUCCCAGGUUUUGUUAACUACCUAGAUGCUCAUACUUUACUCUGAGCACUGCCCUUGCAGCCCUCUCUACAAAGACAAGACAGUCAUGUUCAUGGAAAUGUCAAGCUGGGGAGGGGGGGAACAAACUCACUUUGAACUCUGUACUCCAUAGCAACUCUUCUCACCUCUUGUCUGAAAUGAGUUAAAAGUUGAGAAAGAACCUACAUUCAAAACAGAUGUGGAACAGCUACCGGAUUUCUUUUACUGGUGUGGGUUUUGAGGGAUUUUUUUUUGUGGUACUGUAUGCAAAUAGAGUGAGGUAAGUAACCAAGUGCACCUUCUGGAAGGCAUCCAGCUGUAGUCGCCACACAGCAACAAUGUAAAACCCUCUAUUUUGUGUAAUUUUUGUAAUAAAAUUUUAUCUUGAAGGUCAAUUCUACCCCGCCUUGUAUUUGUCCAAGGAGAAAUGGAAACUGCACCCAACUCCUUUUGUAGCCUGAAGGUUUAUGGAGGAAGGAAUGGUCAGGAGCAUUUCAGUGGAUAUUAGAGGUAGAUAGUGAACUACUGCUUCACAUCAUUCUGCUCACAUCGUGUUCUUCGGGGAGUAGCCAGAGCGAGCUGUCAUGCCCUGGGCCUGCUACACAAGGUACAGUAACUGAGCUCCUUGCCACUACAGCCUAGGUCCAGGAAGUAAAGCAGUGUCCUACUGUAAGCAUUGUAGAACAUGGUUACUUUACUGGUCAUGUUCUUUGCUGUAAUUUCCAUCACAUGAGAUGCUUGAGGAGAUUCUACUAAUUUCAUCUACUUAUGCUCAGAAAAGGCUGAGUUGAGUUGUUGACUAAAAUAAGCAGAUUAAGGUAGUUAAUCCAGAUAAGAUUGGCUAAGAAUAUUGUUACCAUACUUACAGCAUUUCACAUUUCUGUGGAAAAUACCUAUUUUUAAACUCCUAAAACUCUCUACCUUAAAUAGUAGGUUAGUGUGGUUUAUUAAGUAUAUAAGUGGGAGGUGUUUCAAGUUCAGGCAGCUUUUGCAGCCUUUGUCCUGCUCUGUGGCACUUGCCAAGCACAGCCCUAUUGCCAGAUACCUGUGGCUUCCUCUAUGCAGCUGCUCUCUGGGAGAGCCAGUCUGAGAGAAGCUACAAAAGCAGAACGCAGCCUUGGAGUCUUUUAUUGCACAGUAUGUACAGUGAAGUGUUCAAGUACAGUACAGGCUGAUUUUAGCAUGGCACAGGUAGCCAAGGGGAAGCGAUAUUACAGAAGAAUCAAGCAGUUCUGUGGACAUUUGUUACUUUUAAAGCAUAAAAAUUGUAUAUAUGAAAGUGAAGAUCAUUUAUUUAACAACAAUUUUAAUUGCUUUUACAAGUGUUCUGCUGCAACUUCCCCCUACAGUGGUGAGGAAUAAUGGCAAAUCACUUGUGACCAACAGUGUUGUGCUGCUCUUGUUUAAGGUUACUGCUUUCCAGUGUCUGAACUGGGGCAGAAUUCCAGGAGAUAAGGAUCCCAAUGUUAGGGAAACAAUGAGUUACAACACAGUUAACCUGACGGCAGAACGGAAGCUUUUCUGCCUUUUUAUUCCCCCCUCCUUUUUUAUAAAGCACUAACAAA